CAAAAAACUAAAAAAAUAAAUAAAUUAUAAAUAACUAUAAAUUUUUAUAAAAAUGAUUAAAAAAACAAUUUUAAGUUUAUUAGCUUUAGGGGGAUUGGCAUUUAGUAAUGCAUUACCAAGUGGUCCAAUAAGUGGUGUUGCAUCUUAUUAUAACGAUGCAGGUACUGGUGCUUGUGGAACUCCAAUCAAUGCAAGAACUGAUAUGAUUGUUGCUAUUCCUACAUCAUAUUGGACCAAUCCUUCAAAUCCAAAUGCUGAUCCAUUGUGUAAUUCUAGAAUUAGAGUAACACAUAACGGUAGAUCUGUUGAGCUUGCUGUAGUUGAUAAAUGCCCAACAUGUGGUCCAAAUAAAAUUGAUAUUAGUGAAUCAGCAUUUAUUAAACUUGAUGGUAGUACCACUAGAGGAAUAAUUGACAUCACUUGGGAAUUUCUUGGAGCUGACAAUAGAGGACCAUCACCAAGUACUUCAGGCACCUCAGGAACUAUUGGUACAUCAACUGAUGGCAAAUGCUUUAGACAAGUAACUGUUGAUGCAGGUCAAGGUUGUUGGGAUGUUUGGACUUCAAAAUGUAAUAACAAAUGGAACGAAGAUCAAUUCUAUCAAACAAAUCCAGGUGUAAGGUGUGAUGCUCUUAAUAUCGGUCAACCAUUAUGUUGCAGUGGUGUAGGUGGUAGUACUUUGCCAUCUCCAAGUACUUCAGGCACUUCAGGAACUAUUGGUACAUCAACUGAUGGCAAAUGCUUCAGAGAAGUAACUGUUGAUGCAGGUCAAGGUUGUUGGGAUGUUUGGACUUCAAAAUGCAAUAACAAAUGGAACGAAGAUCAAUUCUAUCAAACAAAUCCAGGUGUAAAGUGUGGUGCUCUUAAUAUCGGUCAACCAUUAUGUUGCAGUGGUGUAGGUGGUAGUUCAUUACCAUCUCCAAGUACUUCAGGCACCUUAAGUACUUCAGGCACUAUUGGCUCAUCAACAGGUAAGUGUUCAAAAUAUGUAACUGUUGAUGCUGGUCAAGGUUGUUGGGAUGUUUGGACUUUAAAAUGUAAUAACAAAUGGAAUGAGGAACUAUUCUUCAAUUUAAAUUCAGGUACCCAAUGCACUUCUCUUAGAAUUGGUCAGUCAUUAUGCUGUUACUAAUGCUUUUCAUUGUUUCAAUUAUUUCCUACUUGUGUAAACUAAAUCUAAAUUAUAAAUAAAAUAUUUGUUAAU